AUGAGCAUAGUAUCAGAAGAGCCGAGGAGUGGGGAUACUGAGUCUAAAAGGAGUGAAGUCUCUAUUGGAUUUAGCCUACAAGAUUUUGAAGAUUUACAGACUGAUGAAGAAAUUGAGGUUAAUGAAUCUGGGAACUUUCUGGAAAGUUAUGUAUCUAUUACUUCUGUAAUAUUGAAUACUGAUAAUUACAAAAGUUCUAUUCACCAUUUGCCUCCAGGAUCUAACUCAAAUUAUGAAACGUAUAAGGGAGAAUGUUGUGUAACUGGAUACAAAGAUAUAGAGUCAAUAAGUGUAUUUCAUAAGAGGAAUAUAACUGAAAGCUAUGCAAAUUUUAAAUAUCCUUUAAUAAGGAAUGAUAGGAAAUACAACUCCACCUCUAGUACUAGUAAAUACAAAUAUAAUAUUUCUAGUAAUAUUAAUUCUGAUAAUAAUAUUGCAGAAAAAUUGGUAAAUGAGCAGAGUAUGGAUAUUAUUGGUGAAAAUGAUGAAUUCAGCUCUAAAUAUGAAUCAUCUAUUCAUCUUGGAAUAGGUUCGAAUCUUAAAAUAUUGAGAAGAAAUUUAAAUAAUGCGUCAAGUGAGACAAACUCCUUAAAUAUGAAUAGCUUUGAAGGGAGUUUAAAUGAUAACAAAAAGCACAAAUAUCCUUUUACAAGAGUACCAUCUACAAUCUCAAAAACUUCAUCUGCUACAGAUACAAUGUCAAGAGAAUAUACAAUAGAUCGACCCACAAAUCUAACUUUAAAAAGUAAUAAUUGUAACUCUAAUGAGUUAUUAGAAAAAAAAGCACCAGUUAUAGAAGGUUAUGGUCCAUUUUUACCAAGAAAGUGUAAACGUCCACCUCAUGUAAUACUUUUAGUACAUGGUAUUGGAAGUAAUGAAAAUACAAUUGCAAAAAAUAGAGAAGAAUUUGUUUAUCAACUUGAAUCUAUUAAGGCUCAUUGGUUUUGGGAAGUAGAUAUUGACAUAACAGUUGAUACAGUUGAUUGGAAAAGUCCACUUGUAGCAUUUCAAGAUAACAUGUUUGAUAAAAUAACUCUGCAAAAUAAAAGAGAUAAUCGUAUGUUUUUAAAUAGAGCUUUUGGGGACUUAUUAUAUUUCAUGGUUCCAAGAUAUGGUGACUUUAUUGUAGCUGAAGUUGCCAAACAAUUAAACUCAAAGAUUAGGGAAUAUAGAUUUAGAACAAAGGAGGAACCAAAUGUUGUUCUUAUUGGACAUUCUUUGGGAAGUAUAAUAGCAUAUGAAUUAGCAGCUAGACAACAAACUCGUGUGACUAGAUCUCCUAUUCCAGAAUUAGAAUUUGUUGUUGAUCAUUUGUUUCUAUGGGGUUCUCCUCUACCAGCUCUAUUAGUAAUGAUUUUUCCUGAAUAUUUGAAGUCUGGACUUGCUUUUCCAAAAGAUUUAGGCCCAGUACAACAGAAUCAAAAUAAUGAUACAUCUAUUUUAAAGAAAAUUUCUAAUUUAAAAGUAUAUAAUAUUUUUCAUCCAUACGAUCCUGUAGCAUAUAGAUUGGAACCUUUACUUUAUCCCGGAGUAAGCCCUUUACCAGAACCUGUAGUAUUACCAUAUUGGAGAAAUUUAGCUAAACGUACAUAUCAUCAGUGGGACAAGGACAUGGAAAAUGCAAGAAGAGCAUUUUAUGAUGGAAUUAGUGGAAUCACAUCAUCUAUAUCAAAUGUAGUAUUGGGUGGAAUACUGGGUUGGGGAAAUGAUAGUGAAGAGCUCAAGUCCACUCUUGAAGUAAAUGUAGUUUCAAGUGAACAAAAAGUUAAGAAUUUAUAUGAUGAAUCUGUUAUAUCUCGCUUUAAAAGUCAAAUAUCAGCAGGAAGAGGUCUAAACUCAAUUCGAAAUUAUGAUUCAAUAAAAAGUGUCUCCCCAACUACAAAUAGAAGCCCUAUAGAAUACACAAGCAUUGAAGAAACUAAUGAAAAUUUUUCAAUGUUGAAACAAGAAGAAAUUCCAAAUUGUCCUAUAAGAUUUGAUUACCAGUUACAAGAAGGUAUUACUGAACACUAUAUUUCCUCUCUUGCAUUUCUUCAGUCCCACACUAACUAUUGGAGAAGUAGAGAUGCUGGAUUUUUUUUAUUAUGGAAAAUUAUGGACGGUUUUAACCCAUUAGUUUCCAGUGAUGAAUAUAAAGCUGCAAUUGAACAAUUGAAGCAAGAUCAAACUGAAAUAGAUGAUAUCCCAUAUUCAUCUCAGAAAUAUUCACAAUCCUCAGAAGAUAUAAUAUCAGAAUAA